GUCAAGUGGGGUGUUGUCCCUUGAGGCUGCUGACUGAGGAGGGAGAAACAGAGCGGCACCUCCACUGCGGGAUAGACAUGUUCUCGUUGUUGAGGAUAUCGUGUAGGACUGCAGCGCGGAGGGCGGUGGUGCAGGGCCCCAGGCGGGAUCUGAGCGAGGGUGCGGUGGGCGGAGGAGGAAGCAGCGGCAGCACCGGCACCGGGGAUGGUGAGGGGACGGGCAGCGCCGCCGUGGCGGCCGCGACCCGCAAGCGGCUGGAGGGUCUGGUGAAGAAGGACAAGGUGGUGGUUUUCAUCAAGGGCACCCCGGCGCAGCCCAUGUGCGGAUUCAGUAACGCUGUAGUCCAGAUCCUGAGGAUGCAUGGGGUGGAGGACUACGGAUCCUACAACGUGCUGGAGGACCAGGAGAUUCGGCAAGGUAUUAAAAACUAUUCCAACUGGCCGACAAUACCUCAGAUCUACUUUGACGGUGAAUUUGUGGGUGGUUGUGAUAUCCUACUACAGAUGCAUCAGAAUGGGGACCUCGUGGAGGAACUGAAGAAACUUGGCAUCCGCUCUGCACUUUUAGAUGCUGAGAAAGAGGACAAAAAAUAGAAUAAUCAGUGCCCAGAAUCAACUGGACUGUAGUCUGAGGAUGGCGUUGCCAGUUUUAUAUGAAGUAUUACUGUGUCGCCAAGCGGAUCUUGAAGAAAGCUGGAGUAGGAGCCCAUUAGAGGCUGGUGUUUAUACAUGAAUGAUACUCUCUCCUUCGUCCUUUUGGACCCAACAAUCAUAGCCCUCGUGGACAAAACAAAAUGGUAAAGGAGGUUUAAACAGCAGAUCGUACAAUAGUGGUUUUUUUAAUGCCUUGGAUUUUUAAUCAGUUAAUAAAAUGUAUUAUGUGAUUUUUCCUUUAAAA